AAUUAAAUUUGAUCUAAAAAACUUGAGAAAACUUGAGAUUUGAUGCUCUUGUUCUUGAGAUCUUAUGCUCUUAAAUUUGGGUGGACAAAAAACAUUAGAUUGAUUCCUUCUAAUUUGAUUCACUUUCUCUCUCGAGAACAAAGUUUCAGAUCUAGUUUUUAUUUUUCCUGAGUUAUCGGAGAAGAUAUUAUCGGUGAGUUCGAGAAUUGGUGAGUUCACCGGAGAAGAAAUUAUCGGUGAGUUCGAUAAUCGUAACUAGCGGUAGAUUGAAAAGCCCCGCCGGUACAGUUCUGUUGAGAAGAUUCUUGACGAUUCUGAUUUUGUUUAAGGACUUGCUUUUACCAAGCUCUUCUGGGAUUGGACCGAAGAAGAAGUUGUUAGAGAGUAUCAACAUCUCUAGCUUCUCGCCUCUGCAUAAAUCCAUGAGGAUAAGUCCGGUGAGGUGGUUGUAAGAGACAUCAAGCUUUUUCAGAUUCCCGUUCCGGCCAAGAUUCGUCCCUGCGUCUGAUAUGAUUCGGGGCAUUGUCACAGAGUGUGGGGUUGAUUUCGAUGAGGAUUCUUCAGCUAUGCUUAUUGAUCAUACUAGCUUCUCCGUCUUUGAUGUUGACGGCAACCACACCUUGAUUGCUGCCGACGAUUUAGUGAAAUCUGAUGUCAUCUUAGGAAAAGCCAAAAUCGAGGCUCCCGUUCUCUUCAGAGGAGUUGCACAUUCGUUGAACCCUACCAACAGUCUGGUUUUCAAAGUUCUUUCAGCCUCUCCCUCAGCUUAUUCUGCUAACCCAAGCUCGAAGUUGUCUAGUCCUCCUCAGCUCACUGGGUCUGCAAUUUCGCUAGUCUCGGUCAUGCAGGCUAGGAACAAUGCUAGGGUUGUGAUCUCAGGCUCUUUGCAGUUGUUUAGUGAUAGAUCUGGUGUCCAGAAAGCAGGGAGUCAGAAUCAAUACGAAAAUCCUGGCAAUGAACAGUUUGUGACUAAACUUAGCAAAUGGGUCUUCCACGAAAGAGGCCAUUUGAAGGCUGGUAGUCUUGUACACCAUAGGGUUGGAGAAACAGAUGAGCCAGCGAUAUACAAGAUAAAGGAUGACCUGGUAUGGCUUUAGAUAUACAAGAUAAGUUGUGUGCUUAAUCCUCUCUCUCUUUCUCUCUUUCUCUCUUUCUUCUUCUUCAAAAACUCUCUCUUUCAGAUUUCAAGAAACCCUUAAAAUCCUCUCUCUGUCUCUUUCUGUUUGUUUGUUUUCUUGUUUCCUUCUCCCUCUCUCUCUCUCUUUCUUUCUUUGUCUGCUUUC